AAUGAUCUAAGUUACAGGUUAUUUAGUUAUAGGCCCGCCUCACCUCCGAUGGAUCAGUCAACAGUAGGUUUUCAGCACGUGCAAUGCGCGUCCACGCGAAUCAACUCGGGGCCAGAAUAAUAAAAUAAGGUGGUGUGGGGACAGUAUGAUCGGCGCACCCUGAAUGGCAAGGCUUUUUCAGCUAACCAUCUUCUAAACACGGGGACCAGCAGCUCCUUAAACAAGAAAACAAACGUUAACAGUAUAACAGGCUCCACCUUGUUUUAAACUUUUGCUGCGCAACAUCUUCAUGGCGCCAGGGAGGAUAAGUGGCUACUCAGCGGGGGGGUAUGCGGGGAAUUACUUUUAACACUUCGGAUACAAAGCCAGGGAUGGAAUUAAUCGGAAAAACUACUAUUAAAACAAGAAACGACAGAGACAGUGAAGGUACAGAGGAUGAGGAAGUGAGUGUCAGUCUCCACAGAUCUGGGCUCAGUGACACACACACGUAUGGAUCCUCUGAUGCUCCUGUUUCUUCUCAUUGCUGGGCUCACAGGAAGGUAAAGUGUCAGUCAGAGAUGAUCCUGACCAGCGAGUCUUCACUGUGACCAUCAACAAUCUGACAGCUGAGGACUCUGAUAGGUACUGGUGUGGUGUGAAGCAUAGUGGAGCCUCAGAUGUUGGAGAUCGGGUUAACCUGUCAGUCAUUGAUGGUCCUCCAGGGCUGUCAGUGGAGAAACAGGAGGUGACGGGUGUGGAUGGAGACAGUGUCAGUGUUCAGUGUUACUAUGGAAACAACAGAAGACAUAGGAUGUGGUGUAAGAUUGGGGGCUCCUGUGCAUCAGAGAGAUCAGUGAGUUUGGAUGGGAGGCCUGUCCUGAUCAGGGAUGACACAGUAAAUAAAGUCUUCAGUGUGACAAUGAGUGGGCUGGAGAGGAAGGACACUGGCUGGUAUUGGUGUGCUGCUGGAAUCCUGCAGAUCCCAGUUCAUAUUACUGUUAAACGUAAGUAAUUCAUUUAAAUCUGCAUGUGAAUCAUUUAUGCUUGAAUAUAAAUAGAUAAAAACUAAUUAACCCUACAGUUUCCUUCAUGAAGGGGGUCUGUGCUUCUUUGUGGGGAUAGUCCCCUAUUUUCAGAUAUUGUGAAAUAAGGUAAUUUAUUGGGAUUAUAGUUUCUAUGCUAGUGGCACGGUGGUCCAGUAGGCGGCGCUGUUACUUAACACCUCCAUGUUUAGGGGUUUGAAUCUGGCUUCUGCUCUGUGUGUGUGGAGUUUGCAUGUUCUCCAUGUGCUGUGUGGGUUUCCUCCCGCAGUCCAAAGACAUGAAGUCAGGCUAAAUGGCGUCUCUAAUAGAGAGUGUGUGUCUAUGUACCCUAUGACUGACUGGCAUCCUGUCCAGGAUAUACUCCAUCCCUGUGCCCUGUCCUACCUGGGAUAGGCUCCAGGCCCCACAUCCCUGACCAGGAGAAAGGGGUAGAAGAUAGAUGGGUGGAUGGCUGUAGUUUUAUGUGUCUAUGAAUGUAUUGGAAUAUUGACUUACACAUCAGCCUUAAUUCUUAGAGAGACAUCCUGUAAUUCAGCUCUGAUAACCUCAUCAGAUACUAAUACUGUCAUGACCUGCUUGUCGGCUCCUCAUGUGUACCACGCCCCCUGCUUACCCACGUGUUCUUUACCGAUCGUACCCAGCUGUGUCUGAUUAUUUUCAAUCAGUCCUGUGUAUUUCAGUCUUACCUGAGUCCUUUGUCUGUCAUUGUUGUUAGCUGUAGUAUUGGUGAUGGUUACCUGCCUGUUUGCCUGCUUCGUACCAGCUAACCCGCACGAUCACCUGCCUGCACCACCCCGAUCGUGACAGAAUGACAGACCGUAAGAAAAGGAGGAAGCAGAGGAGAAGGAAGCACCUGGAGGAGCCGAUCAGUCUGGGCGCCUGCUCCCUCGCCAACACCUGGCCUCUCGCGGAGGGCGAGAGAGAGGAGCUCGUCCUGGGCUCUGACCCAGAACCGCUCUAUCUGGGAGCCUACUCCCUAGCGAGGCUCUGGGCUCCCAGCGACGACGACGAGGAGGAUGAGCCCUUCACGUUCCCUGUGCUGGACCCUAUCCCCCCGGAGCAGCUACCGCCCCUGGACCGGUACAGUUACCGGCCCGAACGACUGGCAAAUUGGGGAGGUUUUAGGGCUGUAAGGGACUCGAUCCCCCGAGUGCCCCGGGUCCCGAAGAGGAUCGCACCCGUCUCCCCCUCCCAGGACUUGCCAGUUCUGCCUGCGCUGUCAGCGCAGCUCCCGCCUCUGCAACCUGCGCAGCCGGAGCAGCCAUCACCGCUGUCCGCUACGUCUGCGCAGCUUCCUCCACCUGCGGCUUGCCAGUCCGAGCAGCCGCCGCUGCCUGCGGACCCCACUCCCGUGCAGCUGCCGCUGCCUGCGGACCCCGAUCCCGUGCAGCCGCCACUGCCUGCGGAGACCACACCCACGCCCAAGGCGCCCUCUCUGCCGCUCCUACAGCCUGCAGCUCCCGGGCAGGCGCCCCCCCCUGCAGCAACCUGCAGCUCCCGGGCAGGCGCCCCUUCCACUGCCUGCCCUAGUGACUUUGCCCCCAGUGACUGCUCUGUCCUCGCCCCGUCAUCCUUGACCCCGAUCGAGGGCCGUUUUGUCUGUGUCCCGCAAGGGAAGGGGACACAGACGUCGGACUGGGGUCCCACCCGCCCUGCCCCCUGGCUCGCCCUCCCUCGCCUGCGCUAGGGCUCGGUUGGCACCUGCGGGUCCUGGCCCUCUGGGUCGGCUGUCGCCUGCGGGUCCCCCUCCGCGGCCUCGUCGCCCUGCCUCGCUCCCACCUCCGGUGCCUGGUCGGUCGCCUGCUAUGUCCCCUUUCCUGCUUUGUCUUUCUGCCUUCCCUGUCCUUUGUCAGCUCCUGUCUCGCGUCCUGUCUCUUGCCCUGUUUUGUGCAUCGGUCCUGUUUCCCGUCUCUCGUUGAUGGUUCUGUUUCUUUUGCUCCAGGUCCCGGUUCCCGUGUCCCGUCUGUCGCCUCCUCCCUGGCACGCCCGGUGAAGCGCGCCUUUGGGGGGGGUUCUGUCAUGACCUGCUCGUCGGCUCCUCAUGUGUGCCACGCCCCCUGCUUACCCACGUGUUCUUUCCCGAUCGUACCCAGCUGCCUGCCUGCACCACCCCGAUCGUGACAGAUACUUUACCCAACACCCGAGGCCUGCAGCGGGGCGUCCGGGCCUAUGCCAGAGCCCCAGAGCUGUGGUGCUAGAGAUCGACUUUUAUUUAAAUUAGAAAUAUAUUAUUUUAUACUAUUCACAAAUAAGACAGAUUAAUAAAUAGAGGUAAUGUGCUUUCUGCCAGGAUGGGACUGCUGGCUGUCUGCUUCUUACAUCCAGGACCAGCGGUUAAACGAGAUGUUACAGUCACUCUGCAGUCACCCUGCAACAAUUUGUCAACCGGUGGCCAUUUUGUUUCAUUGUUUGCUUCCUUCUCAUGGGCUUAUCGCUCACGACUCCAAAAGCUCUUGUGCUGACGCCCCGUUACCCACUGUCGCGGACAUUAGCUGACCGACAUGCCUAGACAUGCAAUACGCAUAAAUCCCCACCCCAAAACAGGAUGGCUGUGUUUUACCGAUAUAAAAUAGUACAUUUUGUUUAAAGCUACAAUAAAUAUAUUAUAAUAUUUUCAUAAAAUAAUUAAUCUCACCUGUUCACUAUCAGUGCCCUGGGAUAUUAACACUUUGGUCAUGACACUAAUUCAUUGUUCUGCAUCUAAUCAUUUUCUCUGUAGAAUAUCUUUCAUAAUUUAUAUUUCAGUUUCAAGAGUGACAUUUUCUUAGUCUUUAUUGACUAACAGAACACUGUUUUUAUUAACUAUCCUUUCUCCUGUUUCCACUGCUCUCCUUUUCUCU